AUGCUGUUCAAUGAUGCCGAAGAAAAACAGCUCAAAGAUCAAAAUGUGAAGAAGUGGGUUGAUGAGCUCAAAGAAGUUAUUUACGAGGCAGACCACUUGAUGGACAAAGUGAAUUAUGAAGCUUUGAGAGGCAAGAUUGAAGGAGACGAAUCUGGAAGCAAACUUCUUUUGGAUAAAAAAGAUGUGCUUGGUUUGAGAGAAUGCGUUCGAAAUAGACCCCCGCAAAGAUUGCUUGCUCCUUUGUUGGAGGAAUGUGAUGUUUAUGGAAGAGAGGUUGAUAAAGAAGCUAUUGUUAAGUUAUUGUUGUCGGAUGAUGCAAGUGGGUGUAGGAUAUCUGUGAUUCCAAUUGUGGGAAUGGGCGGUGUUGGCAAAACUACUCUCGCUCAGCUUGUUUAUAGAGAUAGCAGGGUCCAAGAACAUUUUGAUUUGAUAGCCUGGGUGACUGUGUCAGAUGACUAUGAUGUUUUGAGAAUAACAAGAAUAAUUUUGGAGAUGAUCACGUCUACAAAAUGUGAUGUGGAGGAUCUAUAUCAGCUUCAAGAUGAACUGAAGAAGGCUCUAAUGGGGAAAAGAUUUCUUUUUGUUCAUGAUGAUGAUGUUUGGAAUGAAAAUUACAAUCUUUGGGAUCUCUUAAAAAGCCCUUUUCAAUUUGGAAAGCGCGCAAGUAAAAUAAUUAUGACAACGAGAAGUAAAAUUGCUGCAUCAAAGAUGGCAAAUCAUCAAACUUACGACUUACAAACAAUACCAUAUGGUGAUUGCUUGCGGUUAUUUGCAAAACAUGUCUUUGACGACUUAGAGUUUGACAUACAUUCGGAGUUGAAUGAAAUUGGGACUGCAAUAGUUCUAAAGGUAGUUUUCGGGAUGUCUUCCUCCUUAAUCUUCAGUUGA